AUGGAUCCUCUACUAUUUAAUCAGUACCUCGGAAAUAAUCGAACUAUUGAAACAAUGCGUGUCGAGAGCGAGAAUUUGCCUGCUAUUAUCGAAUCAUCCAAUCUGCAAAGUGCUAUUCUUUACUAUAUUCCUCUUGGCCAGAAUCAGUUUGAUCUAGCAAUAUGGCCUUGCAAUCAAUCCGUAAUUGGCCAAAAUCUUCAGGAUUACACCCAUUUUCGACUUAUCAAUGAAGACCCUCUCUUCCUUGGCUAUCCAGGGGAGUCCCGUUUACAUACUGUGGGAAGGGUAGUAGAGACUAUCUUGACUAUUUAUGAAAAUACCAAAGCGCAUGUUGAAGAAGCCCCAGCCCAGACGAAGCAGUAUAAGUUUGUUAUGCAAUGGCUCAAGGAGGAAAUUGAGGGGAUUACUAUGCUCUUGAGCGCCAUUCGGAGUGAGGCUUCUACCUAG